AUGUCUUUCAGGGGACGUCUCGCGCUCGUCACGGGUGGUGCAAGUGGCAUCGGUGCGGCCGUUUGUCGCUCUCUGGCUGCCGAAGGUGUGACUGUGGUGGUGGCAGACAGGCAGCUCGAGGCGGCACGCCAAGUGACCCAGUCCUUGCCAGGCGACGACAAGCACGAAGCCUUCUACGUGGACGUCAGCGACACAUCAUCGGUGGAACAGCUGUUCAACUGCAUCAAGACUUCGUAUUCUCAGCCGCUUAGCAUUGUCGUCAGCUGCGCCGGCAUUCUCCCGAUGGCGCGUCUCGUCGAGACCACCGACGAACUGUUCGACAACGUCAUCAGCGUCAACUUGAGGGGCACGUUCCUAAUCAACCGAGCGGCUGCUCGAGAGAUGCUACGCCAGGAGAAGGCAAUGCCCCAAGGAGGCGCCGCCAUUGUGAACGUGGCCAGCAUCUCAGCAAAAGGAGGCGGAUUCUGUUGCAGUGCGUACGCCGCGUCCAAAGCCGGAGUCGUGGCUCUGACGAAGUCUCUGGCUCAAGAACUGGCGAGCCAUGGAAUCCGCUGCAACGCAGUGCUUCCCGGUUUGACGGACACCCCCAUGACGGCACGACUAAUCGAAAGGCACCGAGACAUCGCCCUGUCUCUUACGCCCGUCAAGAGGGCAGCACAGCCGGAGGAGAUUGCCGAGACCAUCAAAUUUCUGUGCUCACCCACCGCCAGUUCAUACGUGACGGGCGCCGCAGUAGAAAUCAGCGGAGGAUACAACAUGUGAACCUAUAGUAACUUCAUAUUAAUGGAAUGUCCUCCUGCGCUGUCAGAUAAUAAAAUAGAACUAAGAACAAUAUAGAAAAGUUGUCUAAUCCGUAGCUUUUGAAAGCAAGUGAAAAACUCUAAAAUAUUUCAAGCUACU